UUCAAUUGCUUGACAUUUCCACCCUCCCAUCUCCCCACUCCUCUCUUCCCUUUUCCUUUUUGUGUUUAGAGCAGAGUACGACUCUUCAUAUAAUAUAAUGUCCGCUAAAGCCGAAUCUCCCGCGCCCGCUGCUCCUCAGCAGCUCAGCGGCCUUGCUCUCUACUCCAGAUUCGCCUUCGCUGGUGCUGUCUGCUGUUCCGUCACCCACGGAGCUCUUACUCCUGUCGAUGUCGUCAAGACCAGAAUCCAGCUUGACCCCGUCACCUACAACCGUGGUAUGAUCGGUGGUUUCCGUCAGGUUAUUGCCAACGAGGGUGCUGGCGCUCUCCUCACUGGUUUCGGUCCUACCGCCGCCGGUUACUUCCUCCAGGGUGCUUUCAAGUUCGGUGGUUAUGAGUUCUUCAAGCAGCAGUGGAUCAACCAGCUCGGUUACGAGACUGCCUCCAACAACCGCACCGCUGUUUACCUUGCCUCUUCCGCCACCGCCGAGUUCUUCGCUGAUAUCGCCCUUUGCCCUCUUGAAGCCACCCGUAUCCGUCUCGUCUCCCAGCCCACUUUCGCUACCGGUCUCAUGAACGGUUUCGGUAAGAUCCUUAAGAACGAGGGUGUCGGCGCUUUCUACUCUGGAUUCGGUCCCAUUCUUUUCAAGCAGGUUCCCUACACCAUGGCCAAGUUCGUCGUUUUCGAGAAGGUCUCUGAGGCUAUCUACCGUGGUUUCGACAAGGAGACCCUCACCGAUGGUGCUAAGACUACUAUCAACCUUGGCUCUGGUCUCAUUGCUGGUUUCGCUGCCGCUCUCGUCUCCCAGCCCGCCGAUACUAUGCUGAGCAAGAUCAACAAGACCCCCGGUGAGCCUGGUGAGGGUACCAUCUCUCGUCUCGUCAAGAUCGGUAAGGAGCUCGGUCUCCGUGGUUCCUACGCCGGUAUUGGUGCCCGUCUGUUCAUGGUUGGUACCCUGACUGCUGGUCAGUUCGCCAUCUACGGUGACAUCAAGCGUCUCUUGGGUGCCACUGGUGGUGUUGAGAUCGGCAAAUAGAUUAUUACCACAUGACUAGUUUGGUGUACUAUAUGCUACUAGAUUUGCGUUAAAAAUAUCUGUUCGCAAUAGAUUUCCCUUCGCGCGAUCUAUAUCUCUGAGAUUGCAGCUGCAUGAUGUCCGCCACAAACCGGUAAAAGGCCGACGAUCAUGCUAUGGAUCAGAAUGCGGAACGAUUCCAUCGUGUGAGAUCAGCUGUAGCGAGAAGCAUCCUUCGAAUGCAUCCUAAAUCCCAAGCACUCCAGGGCCGUUAUAUCUACGACGGAGUAAGCACCCGGUUCAUCGAAUGCUCUACUGCGCGCCGUACAUAAUAUCUCAUCUAGUGGCUUCCAAGGAUAUUCAUUCUUUAAUUAAUCAAGUAAACUUUUGGGAGUGCUUUAAGAAUAUGCUCAGAUAAUAGUUACGUAUUUCUGCUGAACAAAAGAAGUUGUGAAAAUUAUGCCUAAGGCGGUAAAGGUGGUUCAGCAUCAAUAGGGCAGAAUGAAUGCCAAGAACAAUUCUAUCCCAUAAGUUUGACUCCGAUUUGUUGCCUCAGGAACAACCAUAUACAUACUGUUCUCCACGGGGAGU